AUGAUUGGUACAAUGUUCAUAGUCUUGUCGUUGAGCGAAAUUGCCUCCAUCUACCCUACGGCUGGCGGACAAUACCACUGGGUCCAUUGUCUCACACCAAUGACGUACCGCGUUACUGCAUCCUGGUUUACCGGCUGGAUUUCAAUUGGAGGACAGUUGGUGUUUUCCGCUUCCGCAGCCUUCGCAGCAGGCUUGCAGCUACAGGCCCUCAUCACCUUGAAUCAUCUCGACUCAUAUACCCCAAAUAGAUGGCAAGGGAUGCUUUUCUAUUGGCUAAUAUUAGCCUAUUCAACCGCCCUGAAUAUUUGGGGGUCCAAGGUCUUGCCUCACACCAAUACAACAGCCGAUUCUGAGUCAAUCACAGGUGUAUUACACGUUGUUGGAUUUCUCGUAAUCGUUGCCGUUAUGGGGGCAAUGUCCGAGAAGCACUCUGCAAGUUACGUCUUCGCCGAAUUCUCCAACACCAGUGGAUGGGACAAUGAUGGGGUUUCUUGGUUAGUAGGACUACUGAGCACUGUAUAUCCUUUCCUCGGAUAUGAUGCAGCGUGCCAUUUAAGCGAAGAAAUGCCAAAGCCAUCUCGUAAUGUACCAUUGGCCAUGUUAGGAAGUGUCAUUAUCAACGGAGUGAUUGGCCUGGUGUAUGCAAUCGUGCUACUAUUCUCCCUGGGGGAUAUCGAGUCCCUUCUCCAGUCCAAGACGGGAUUUCCAUUCAUGCAGCUCUUUUUAAACAUUACUGGCUCCCCGGCUGGUGCCUCCGUGCUAGCCCUAUGUAUCACCUUGAUUGCAAUGGCCGCAAAUGCUGCGUGUGUGACAUCUACUAGCCGUACAGCUUGGGCAUUUGCACGGGACAAUGGUUUGCCAUGGUCGGUAUUCUUCUCAGAAGUGAGCACCACAUUGAAAGUUCCGGUGCGCAUGGUGAUAGCAGUUGGCUUUCUCCAAAUGCUGCUCGGGUUGAUCUAUCUCGGCAGCUCAACCGCCUUCAACGCGGUAUUGUCUAUGGCCAUUUUGGGAAUGUAUGCCUCAUAUCUUUCUCCGAUUGUAUUCAUGUUGAUAUAUGGUCGACGAAGAUCAGUACCGACUGUCAGUGGACUCCGAUCGGGAUCGUUCAGCCUAGGGCCACGAUGGGGGCCUAUCGUGAACAUUGUUGCCAUCAUUUGGCUCGUCAUAGCAAUGGUGUUUAGUACUUUCCCAACAGUGCAGCCGGUCACACCGGAAAAUAUGAAUUAUUGUAUCGUGGUGACAAUGGGAUGGAUGUUGAUCGGAGGGCUUUAUUAUUAUCUCUUAGGAGGAAGGAAGAAAUUUACAGGUCCCGUGGUAGAGCUGGCAGAGGACCUGUGA